GGAAACUGGAAAACUGUGGUCCGUAUAGCCAAAUCGCUGCAACCAAACACUCCCUAUAUCACAAAUUCUUGUUGAAUUGAAAAGAAAACAGAAGUUGGAACAAAGAAAGAAACAGAGAAAGAAAAUGGCGUUGGUUUGUAGAACUAGGGUUUUUGUAUCAGUGGUGGCGAGAAAGGGACUGUGGUUGAGUCGUCGACCCCAAUCGUUUCUGCCAAUUCCAUGGAAGAACUGUUGUGGUCUGAUUCGAUUCCACAGCAAUUCGUCGAGCUCGUCUCUGGUCACGAGAUUGAUUGAAGCACCAAACUCACGCAUCAAAGCUACACUCGAUGCCGAGGAGGACAACGAUUUGACACUCAAAAGCUUCGACUUUUCAUGGGAUGCCCUUCUCGACUCUCUCUUCUCUUCCUCUCCUCACAAAGCUCGGCUGGUGUUGGAAUGGAGAUUAGAGAAAAUACUAAAAGAUAAAGAAAGAAAUCCUGGUUGUUACUCUGAGCUCAUAUCUAUGUGUGGAAAGAUUAAAAAUGUUCCGCUUGCAAUGCAAGUGUUUACUUCAAUGGAGGCCAAUGGAAUUGAACCCACCUCUGGCAUUUUCAAUGCACUUAUAUUGACUUGCUUGUCUUCAGCUAAUGUGAUAACAGCACUAAGCUUAUAUGAAGUAAUGGAGAACUCAGAUGGCUACAAACCCAAUUCUGAGACUUAUAAUGCUUUCAUUUCGGCAUUUGCAAACUUGGGAAAUGAUAAGGCUAUGCAAGCUUGGUACUCGGCCAGAAAUACUGCUGGGUUUUCUGCUGAUCUUCAGACAUACAAAUCUCUCAUUUCCGGUUUUGCCAAAUUGAAAAAAUACGAUGCUGUUGAAAGUUUUUAUGAAGAAAUGGUGUUAUCAGGAAUCACACCUAAUGUACCCAUAUUGGAAAUGGUACUUGGGGGGAUUUGUGAGCAGAGAAAUCUCAUCAAAAUUAAAGAUUUUUUGAAAUUUAUUCUGGAUGGUGGGUGGAAGAUUAAUGGGAUCAUGGCUGAGAAGCUUGUGGGGUUGUAUUAUGAUCUUGGGAAAGUGGAAGAGAUGGAGGAGAUGCUAACUACAUUGAUGAAAUCCAGUCAAGGUCUAAAAACUUUAUCACCAGUGCACCUUGGGAUUAUAAGGAUGUAUGCUAUGUUGGAUAGAUUGGACGAUGUUGAAUACUCUGUUGGGAGGAUGUUGAGACAAGGGAUAUCCUUUAAAUGCCCAGAGGAUGUGGACAAGGUAAUCUGUUCGUACUUCAGGCAGGCAGCUUAUGAUAGACUAGAAUUGUUUUUGGAAUGUAUAAGAAGCUCUUUCAAGCUCACGAGAUCUAAUUAUGAUUUGUUGGUUGCUGGCUAUCGAAGAGCAGGCUUAUCUGUGAAGUUGGAUGUGGUAAUGAAUGAUAUGAAGCUAGCUGGAUUUUUGUAGUUUCUUGAAUCAAGCUAGAAAGUCUUUAUGUUCUUAUAUGUUCUUUCUUCUAUUUAAGCACAGAUUUGGACUCAAUGGAAUUUAAUCCAAUGGGAUGUUUAUGAAGCUAUGUCCAAACAUUGUCUAAGUUUGUCAACCACCUGCCAUGCUCAAAUUUAUGAAGACAGUCAUGGAAGUUCUUGGGGGUCAAUGUGCGGCUGAGCUUUCUGGCUCUAUAAUAUGAAUGGAUGAAAGCUUACAUUUUGCUCUUAAUCAGGUUACUGGGGGUGCUGGAGGAAGAGGGUUUUGUCAAGUUCAAAUUUUCUUGCUUCAUCUUUCGGGUCUUAAUUGUUUGCUUCUAUCUAUUGGUUUUAGUAGGACAUAAGAGAGGACAUUUGCUUCCCAGUUGCCAAGUUCUUUCCAUAACAUGUUUGGUGCAAGGCUGAUCAUGGUGGUUGCAGUACAAAGUUCACAGCUGCAGGGUGUGCUCUCUUGAAACAACCUGUGCUUUUCAACGAUUGUAUAAAAGGAUGCAAACCUGAUCUUGCCUCCUCCUCCUCCUUCUCCACCACCACCUCCGGCGAAUGGGACUUGAGGAAAUAGCUGGUAUUUUCUGAUGUUGCAGGUAAUUCUCAAAAUGAGUCCAGGUCUCCAGCAAACCCUUAAUUCAAAUAAAAAUUUGGGCAUUAGUGUCUACGAUGUUGAUACAAACAAGUCUUUUCGGAUGAAUUGCAAAUGGAAGUCUUUGUUUGUUGUGCGAAGAAAUCUUCACAUAAAUGAUGAGAUUGGAUUGUGCUGGAAGGAUAACCAAUUGCAGUUCACCAAGUUUGGAUGAGAAAUAAACAAUCUGAUGUACAUUGAAAUAGACUGUGUUUGAAACAGUAAUAAUAAGAUCUGGUUAGUU